AUGAAUAGAGAUUCGGGACCAUCUUUUAGUCUUGGAAUCUGUCAAUUAGACAAUAUCAAACAAUAUGAAGAAGUUGUAAACUUUGUUCCUAAUGUUUUUGACAACGAACCUGAUGGUUUUAACCAAAAUAGAUCUAAGCAUAGAAACGAUCCAUUUACGAUGAAGAAAUUGCGUGAAAAGCAUGCCAAAAAGACUAAGAAAAAGGUGCAUGUCUUUAAGAAAAGAGGAUUUAACAGUUCUGAAGAUAAAGUUCCUGCCAAAAGAAGAAUAGUUGUUGAAGUUAUUUGCAGAGAUGAGCCUCCAAAUGAUAAGGAGCUUGGCAAAGUGAUACAAUUUCAAGGCAGUCAAAGAAAGAAUGUUUCUCAUUUCUUUGUGACUGUUGGUGUUGUCAAGAUUCAUGGUUUCUAA